AUGGAUUCACAUGAAUAUUUUCUUGAUCCAUGUUUAUGUCGACCGUGUAAAACUGCUUAUUCAUGGUUUAAAAUACCAGCUAUGCUAUUGGCAUGUUUUUGUUUAUUAACAUGGUUAAGUCUAGUCGGUCGUAGAGCUUAUUUACGUCGUAAUAAUUUAACAACCACACGUCCAUAUUGUUCAUUAUCUGAUUUAACUUAUACAACAACAAACAGACACCAACAUCAUACACGUUCAUCACGUUCUGGACGUAUUCGAACUGGUGGUGGAUUUUCUUCACCGUUUAGUAUAUGGGAAGCAAGAUCAUAUGGUUUAGACAAUAUGAAUAAUACAUCAAAUUCAAACUGGUGUAAUCUUUCUUCAUAUUUUGGACGACCUAGUGGUUUAUAUUCUGAUGGAUUUCGUUCUACACCUCCACCGCCUGCUUAUAGUAGUUUAAAGCACAUUGUACAACCACCACCAGCAUAUUCAGAAAUUCAAUCUACCGACUUACUAUCUAAACAGUGUGUUAAUGCACCGACGUCAUUAUCAACAACAACACCAACCACAACAACAACUGAUGCUAUUUCAACAGAAGUUCACCAAUCACAACACCACAAUCAAUCAAUGCAUAGAACAUCAUCAUUAGCUAGUAAAAAUUCUCCACCGUCUUAUUCUGAAGUGGUUUUAUCCCGUACCACUGAUUCACAUCAAUGUCAAAUCAAUGAUAAUACAUUGCUUUUGAAUACCAAAGAAACCGAAACACCGCACACGUCUAAUCUUGAUACAUCGAACACAAUCGCACAAACCAAUGAACCGUAGAAAGAAAAACAGCACUUUUUUUUCCCUUUUUUUUCUCUUUUUUUAUUAAAUAAAGAAAAAUUACAAGCAGCAAUUAUUGUUCGAUAAACUCUAUAAAUGAUGAUCAGAUUUUUGUUUACCCAAUAUUUAACAAUUUCAAAAUAGACUAUCAUUAUUGUUUAAAUGUCAAACACUUUUCACCUUACAUAGUUUUCAUUAAUUGAAUUUCUUUUCUUUUCUCAAUAACAUCGUUUUUGUGUGUUUUGAUUAAGUUUUUAUUUGAUCAAUUAAUCUGUGAUGCUUUGUUUCAUGUGUGUGUGUGUGUAGGUGUUUUUCUGUUUUCUUUAUGCAAUCGUUGUUUGUAUAUUGUGCACAAGUGAAAACAUGUUCACGUUGUAUUACUUAUUUAAUGAAAUUUAAUAUAUAUAGAUAGAUAUAUUUAUGUAUUAACUUUCAUCUUUAUUACUUCAAUUCUCUCUUGUUCUCAACGUAACUAAAUACUAUUGAUAUUGUUUAUUUCGGCUGACUUUUAUUUGACAUUUGUUCUUCGUCUUCUAUUACUGAAAGUGUACAAAAAAUAAACUUCAAUAUUUUACAAAUUAUAUACAUAUAAAUUGAAAA